UGCUUUGACACCUUUAAAACCCAAAUUAAAUUCUUUAAAAAUCAUUUUAUCAUAAAAUACCACAAUUUUUGACGAAUUAUAAAGUAGCUUUGAUAUCACUUUUCAUAAGAGUGUGCCUGAAUAACGUUAUUUGGAAACAUUGUACAAAUUCUCUAGCUUAAAUGAAAUUGUAGAAAAUGAGUGAUGUGAAAGAGGACACACUGGACCGUCAUUUUGCAGAGCAGCUGAAACUGGUAAGCGAUGUGUUCAUCGAGAGUAUAUGUACAUCCCACCACGACAUCAUUCAUCACUGGCUGACGGUGUUUUAUAAUGCCACCGGGUCGGAGAAGUAUGCCCGCAACUGUCUGAUGGUACUGAUGCACGGCCAAUUAAAGGAGAUGGGUAGACUAGGCAAACCUUUCACGGAUUUGAGUAACACCACUCGUCGACUAGAUGAUGUGCUCAAUACAUAUGGCAAUGACAACACCAGCAUUGAGAAAGAGCAACCCGAGGAAUCGAAAAAAACAGUCGAACUUGAAGCGGCGCCCGCAUCAGACAUCGAAUCAGUUUGCUCUAGUCGUUGUGGGAGCUCAAGUCAUUACUCAGAAAAGUUGAAAGCCACAGAGAAAUCGGAUUAUGAACUGCAAAUUCAGAAGAAUCGGCAAUUACUCGAAGAAGUCAAUGAGUUACAUGCGCGCACCAUCGAGAAUGAGCAGCACUAUAAAGCAACGGACUCCAAGUGGCAGAAAAAGUUAAACGAGGGACAGAACGUGAUGCCACUCCAGUCUAAGCGUAGCAUGGCACUGCUACUAAAGAUCGAGAUCAGCACAAGGAGUGCAAUACGUCGUCUCAAGGAUUGGACACCAAGUGGUGGUGUCAUCAACUUUCUUUCCAUCGCCUUGCAAGACAUACUCGACGAUGAACCCGAGACGCGCAGUGUCUUAUUGGAGCUUGAUCGCAAGUUGGAAAGUGUGCUCGACAAUCUGUUAGAACAGGCGGGCGAACGGCGCGAGAAGAACGUUCGUAUUCUCUACGACAAGCUAUUCCAGCAACAGCAGGAAAUGCUACAGGCCAAGGAUGUGCUCCUACAAAAGGAACAGGCCGCUCUGGCCGAAGCCCGGAUUCAGCUGCAAGCCAAGACACGGCUUUGGGAUAUCGUUACGCCAUACUAUCGAGAGGAAGCAAAGCUGUCAUCAAACAUGGAGUCGACACCACCGCAUCAAUCUAGAAAAUCAGGUGGCGCCAGUGCUAGAAGACCAAGACUAACGCUGUCUCCAGCUUCGUCGUCAUCGACAUCCCCAGUGCCAUUAUCUCCCAAAAGAAAAGAGAUCAACGAUAAAAAUAAUAAAUGCAAUUGUGAGGUAUGUCUAGGAUUCAAGCCGAAGUUCUCAGAUAUGCAGUUUCACAGCAAAUGUUAAUCGUGUUUCUAUUUAUAUAUUUUAUAUUUUGUUUUCCUACAUUUUGUUUUCAAGUUUUUAAACAAAACAAGACAGAAAAAUAAAUAAUUUCUUUA